UUUGAAAUCGUUUGCAGCCAUCUUUAGUAUCCGGUUUGUGUCUUUUCCGUGUAUAUCGCGACCAUGACAGGUUUUAGUAAAAAGCCUAUCUUGAUUGAUGCGAAGGGCCACCUUUUGGGUCGUCUGUCCGCAAUCGUCGCAAAAACUCUUCUUCAAGGAAAUAAAGUCGUUAUCGUACGAUGUGAACAGUUAAAUAUUUCUGGAAAUUUUUAUAGGAACAAACUCAAGUAUUUGUCGUUUUUACGUAAACGAUGCAACGUGAAUCCCGCUCGUGGUCCUUUCCACUACAGGGCCCCAUCAAGAAUCUUUUGGAAAACUGUACGAGGUAUGGUACCACAUAAAACGGAACGUGGAAAAUUAGCUUUGCGUAAUUUAAAAGCUUAUGAGGGUAUCCCACCUCCAUAUGAUACAAGAAAAAGGGUUGUUGUACCCGGGGCUCUUCGUGUGGUUUGUUUAAAACCAGGUCGCAAGUUCUGUCAUGUUGGACGUUUGUCGCAUGAAGUUGGCUGGAAAUACCAAUCGGUCGUUAGGACUUUGGAGACGAAACGCAAGGUGAAGGCGGUGCUCAACAUCCGUAAACGUGAUAAACUGAAGAAAAUCACAAAGGCCGCCACACAAAAGGUGGAAAAACAAAUUGCACCUUACACAGCGGUUAUUAAAUCGUAUGGUUAUAAUUAAUAUGUUUUAAAAUAAAGACCUACUACCUAAAUUA